CCGGGCCCGGGUCGGGCGGGGGAGACGCGGCCCCCGGAAGGUGCGAGCGCGGGUGUGCGAGCGUGAGUGCGAGUGUGCGAGCGCGCGGCGCGCGGGUGUCAGCUUGCAGCCGGGGCUCCUCCCUCCGGCCCCCCUGCCCGGCCCGGCGGUCCCUCCUUCCUGCCCGGCUCGCCCCUCCCCGGCGGGCCAGGCGCUGGGACGCCCCGGCGGAGCAGGCGGCGGCGGCGGCGGCGAGUUGGGGAGCCCCGAGCUCGGCGCUGCCGGAGGGGCCCAGCCGGCCCCGCUGCCCGCCGGGCCGCGCCCUGUCAAACUUUGCGGCGGCGGCGGCGAGGCGGCGGGAGGGCGCGGGGCCGGGCGCGGAGAGCGGCGGCCCCGGCCCGCGGCCCCACCAUGCCCCAGCUCGGCGGCGGCGGCGCGGGGGGAGGCGGCGCGGGCGGCGGCGCGGGCGCCGGGGCGGCGGGCGGCGGCGGCGGCGGCGACGACCUCGGGGCGAACGACGAGCUGAUCCCCUUCCAGGACGAGGGCGGCGAGGAGCAGGAGCCCAGCAGCGACAGCGCCUCGGCGCAGCGGGACCUGGACGAGGUCAAGUCGUCCCUGGUCAACGAGUCGGAGAACCAGAGCAGCAGCUCGGACUCGGAGGCGGAGAGGCGCCCGCAGCCCGCCCGGGACGCUUUCCAGAAGCCGCGGGACUACUUCGCCGAAGUGAGAAGACCCCAGGAAGGCGCGUUCUUUAAGGGGCCCCCCUACCCUGGGUACCCCUUCCUGAUGAUCCCGGACCUGAGCAGCCCGUACCUCCCCAACGGACCCCUGUCUCCCGGCGGAGCGCGCACGUACCUGCAGAUGAAAUGGCCCCUCCUCGAUGUCCCCUCCAGCGCCACAGUCAAGGACACCAGGUCACCAUCCCCUGCACACCUGUCGAAUAAAGUUCCUGUUGUUCAGCACCCACAUCACAUGCACCCGCUGACGCCCCUCAUCACCUACAGCAACGACCACUUCUCCCCCGGCUCCCCACCCACGCACCUGUCCCCAGAGAUCGACCCGAAGACAGGAAUCCCCCGGCCCCCUCACCCAUCGGAGCUGUCUCCAUACUACCCGCUGUCUCCGGGCGCCGUCGGACAGAUCCCACACCCCCUCGGCUGGCUGGUUCCACAGCAGGGACAGCCCAUGUACUCCCUCCCUCCGGGUGGCUUCCGGCAUCCUUACCCUGCCCUGGCCAUGAAUGCCUCCAUGUCCAGCCUGGUGUCCAGUCGCUUCUCCCCUCACAUGGUGGCGCCGGCCCAUCCUGGUCUGCCCACGUCAGGGAUCCCUCACCCCGCCAUCGUCUCCCCCAUCGUCAAGCAGGAGCCUGCGCCCCCCAGCCUGAGCCCGGCUGUGAGCGUGAAGUCACCCGUCACGGUGAAGAAGGAGGAGGAGAAGAAGCCCCACGUGAAGAAGCCGCUCAACGCCUUCAUGCUGUACAUGAAGGAGAUGCGGGCCAAGGUGGUGGCCGAGUGCACCUUGAAGGAGAGCGCGGCCAUCAACCAGAUCCUGGGCAGGAAGUGGCACAACCUGUCCCGAGAAGAGCAGGCCAAGUACUACGAGCUGGCCCGCAAGGAGCGGCAGCUCCACUCCCAGCUCUACCCGACCUGGUCGGCGCGAGACAACUACGGAAAGAAGAAGAAGAGGAAGAGAGAGAAGCAACUGUCACAGACGCAGGCCCAGCAGCAAAGCCAGGAGGCAGAGGGUGCUCUGGCCUCCAAAAGCAAGAAGCCAUGUGUCCAGUACGUGCCCCCGGAGAAGCCCUGUGACAGCCCUGCCUCCUCCCAUGGCAGCAUGCUGGAUUCCCCAGCCACGCCCUCCGCUGCCCUGGCUUCCCCCGCCGCCCCCGCGGCCACCCACUCGGAGCAAGCCCAGCCCCUGUCCCUCACCACCAAGCCCGAGGCGCGGGCCCAGCUGGCUCUGCACUCGGCAGCCUUCCUGUCCUCCAAGGCUGCGGCCACCUCCUCCGGCCCCUUGGGCAGCCAGCCCCCACUCCUCUCCCGGCCCCUCCCGCUGGGGGCCAUGCCCACUGCUCUGCUGACCUCCCCGCCGGCCUUCCCCGCCGCGCUUCAUGCCCACCAGGCCCUCCCGGUCCUCCAGGCCCAGCCUCUCUCCUUGGUCACCAAGUCAGCCCACUAGGCGGCCUGUGAGUGUGGAGUCCUAAUGAGACAGAAGAAGAGGAAAAUCAAGGAAACUUUAUUGGUCAAUAUUUGACCACUGGAACUGUUCUGUAAAGUGGCUGGUAACAGUAGCACUUUACCUUUUGUAGAUGUAACCGUAGCUGACCUUAAGGCUUUUUUUUUUUUUUUAAGAAAAAUGAAAAAAAAAAAAGAAAAAAGAAAAAAGAAAAGAAACAAAAAAAAAUCUUAAAAGAAAGAAAACUGAACAGUAGUGUGUUAUUCCCAAAUGUGCGGUGGUGGAUGGGCCUGGGCACAGCAUCCCUCCCUCCCGUCUCGCCCCCGCGCCUCACCCCUGUCUGCAGGUGGUACGUGGGCGCUUCUGCCCUUUUUAGCCCUUGUUCUAGAGCAGGGCUGCCGAAAACUCGUGCCACACACCACCCCGUUCUUGAGAAAUACCGCCCAGGCAAGCACUGCCAGAAACACGUUGGACCCAUCCAGUUCGGUCCUUCUGGAUUCCAAAACCCUUAACUGUUGCGGUUUUUUGGAGCCUCAUGUUCAUUUCUGCUGUGGGACUGUGACCCACAGCCUGAGGAGCCAGGUUCUAGAUUAAGUCUAGAUCCUUUUCCGGAACAUUCGCUUUUACUUUUGCCCCAACUACAUGUCUUUUGCUCAACUCCGUGAGUUCUUCCUCUUUCUUCAUCCUCUGCCCGGGUUAAGGCUGUCACCAUGUGAGAAGCCACCUCUGCCUGAUUUGUCUCCACCAGCACACCCUUUCCUCUGUGGAUCCCCCAACCCUCCCCACCCCCAGCUUUCAGCAGGGAAAGAGGUCCUCCGUAACAGAUCUUGCCCACAUUUAAAGGGACUCAAAGUGCCCGCCACUUCUCCGAGAGGUCUGCAUCCCUCCCCAUGUCGGCGGACGUCUCGCCUCGCGGUCCCUGAGCUGCAGUGGGACCAGCUCCUCACCUGGCGCCUGCGCCUGGGUCCGCUGCGCCAGCACAAUCUGCCAAAGUUCUAAAGACCCUGCCCCCGUCCUCUCCCCAUCACCUCACAUGUUCUUCUGUUUGUAUUUCCUUUUUGUUUUUUGUUUUUAUGGGGUUUUUUGGAGCAAUUUAAACUCCCAGUUGUUUAUUUUCACAAAAGAAAAUAAAAUUGCAGUUGCAAGAC